AUGCUUGUCAGGCAUGAUUUCUUGUUGCUCAAAGGGCUGGGCUUCAACAUUGUUGGUGGGACAGAUCAGCAGUACAUGUCCAAUGACAGCAGCAUCUAUGUCAGCCGGAUCAAAAAGGAUGGGGCAGCUUACCUUGAUGGCCGGUUACAAGAAGGAGAUAAAAUUUUAGCGGUCAAUGGCAGAGACUUGAAGGACUUGCGGCACAAGGAUGCUGUGGAGCUGUUCAGGAAUGCUGGCUGUGAUGUGUCUCUGAGAAUUCAGCGCAGGCUAUAUCUUGUUGGAGGAUCAUUUGGACUCCGUGAAUUUGCUCAAAUAAGAUAUGACGUCCACAAACUGCAUGGCAAGGUUGAUCCAGCUUUGAAAGAAAAAUUAAAACAGAACACUGUGACACUGGAAUCUGAAUAUGAGAAGCUGGAAAAGUCUGACUUGGAUAACUGGGAGAACAUCAGAGGACCCCGUCUGUGGGAAGAUUCCAGGACUGUUCAGCAGCAACGGCGGGAGGCUCUUCGUCUCAAGAAAGAGUGA